GCCGCAGUAGCAAUAGUAGUGGUAGAACCAGGAUGGGCAUGUGCAGUCGCAUAUCUGUUGUUCUGGCUCAAGCCGUUCGUUUGUCAGUUCUCCCUGGCACGUGGGAGCGCGUUGCGAACGCCGCUGGCGCACCGCGACGAUGGUGGCGCCGAUGCGCCUUUUGCUUGUCUGGCUCGCGGCGGGCGCGGCCGCAACGGACGCCCCAGGCCCCGAGGGGCUGCGCGCGGACGUGGCGGAGCUGCGCGAGGAGCUGCGCGAGGAGCUGCGCGCGGAGCUGCGCGAGGAGCUGCAAGCGGGCCUGGGGGCUCGGCGCCUGGAGGCGGAGCAGCUGGCGGCAGACACGGAUCGGCGCCUGACCGGCACAGAGAGCGCAAUGACGUCUUCUUGGUUGAUCUUGUGUGGCGCGCUGGUGAUGUUCAUGCACGCAGGCUUCGCCAUGCUUGAGACGGGUAGCUGCAGGGCAAAGAACGCGUCGAACGUGUUGAUGAAGAACCUCGUGAACGUGUGCAUGGGCACGAUCGGGUGGUACUGGUUCGGGUGGGCCUUCGCUUACGGCGUUGAUGACCACACGCCCCAGGUGGAGACAGGAGGGAAUGGUUUCAUUGGCACCGACGGCUUUGCUGGUAAAGACUUCAACAACUACGAAACUGAGGGGGCCAUCGUAUCGAAUGGCGUUGCUCUCGCUUGGUUCUUCCAGUGGGCCUUCUGCACUGCUGCCGCGACAAUCGUCAGCGGCGCUGUCGCCGAGCGCGUUCUGAGCCCCACGUACGCAGUCUUUGCCUUCGUGAUGGCGUCUUUCAUCUACCCCGUGGUCGUCGCGUGGACUUGGGGCUAUGGGUGGCUCAGCAACUUGUUCGACGCCCAGAUCAUCGACUUCGCGGGCAGCGGCAUCGUUCACCUCACCGGCGGCGUUGCCGGGCUCGCAGGCACCAUCGUGUUGGGACCACGCAAGGGUCGCUUCGAGAACCCCGAGCAGUUCGACGCGCACAGCCUGCCGCUUGUCGUGCUGGGCACCUUCAUCCUGUGGUUCGGUUGGUAUGGUUUCAACUGCGGCUCCACCCUCUCGAUGAACGAGGGCGCUGGCCUGCUGGCCGCCCAGGUGGCCAUGAACACGACGAUCUCCGCCGCGACUGGCGGAAUGACCGUCUUCUUCCUGCGGUACAUGCUCUCGCACACCUACGACGUGGGUGGCCUGUGCAACGGCAUCCUGGCCGGCCUGGUGUCCAUCACGGCUCCUUGCGGCAACGUGGAGGCCGGCAGUGCCCUCACGAUCGGGCUCAUCGGCGCUUUUGUGUACCAGGGAUGCUCCAUGCUGCUCCAGAAGCUCAAGAUCGACGACCCGGUGGACGCUGUCCCGGUCCACGGCGCCUGCGGCAUUUGGGGCGUGCUUGCCGCGUUCUUCUUCGACUGGGGCGUCGGCUUCAAGCACUUCCACGGUUGGAGCGGCUUCAGCUGCACGGUCGACCCCGAAACGGGCAGCUGCGACGACUACGCUACUGGCAAUGUGCUCGCCGCCCACAUAGUCAUGAUUCUCGCGAUCAUCUUGUGGUCUGGCACCCUCUCCGGCGUCACCUUCUUCGUGCUCAAGAUGACCGGCAAGCUUCGCAUCGACGAGAUGACGGAGGACAUGGGGCUGGACGCCGCCAAGCACUCCCCGCCCAAGGCGUACACCAUGUCGACUGGCGCCCCAGCGCAGACGCCGAACAUGAACCCCACGAACGCCUUUGGCUGAGGCGCGCUUCGCCGGACGUACGCGGCGCUGGUGCGGGGUGGAACCUCGCAGCCGACUGUUCCAGGAACCUGGGAGCGGCAACCAGAAAGACCCGAAUUCGUUUGCUUUGACACGGCGUCCAGGAAGGUGCGCUGGCCAGGUUGGGGCGUUUACCCCAACCGCGAUCACCCACGCGCCGUCGUCGCUUUGAUUUGACAACUCGUUGGAGUUGAUGUAUUCGCUGUGGGACGGAGUCUCACCACUGCCUCGCUGGGUUAUUUCGCACAGCGGCGCGGUUCCCACUAGCAGUUGUGGUUCACGCGCCGUCACGGCCUCAUGUUGGUGUCGGGUUACUUACGGUAGAGUCCCGCAUCCUGUGGGGCGGAGCCCCGCGCCUGUCGAUAGAUUGGCGGAGGACGGCAAGACGCCCUCCCCGAGGCCAAGAGACGCCAUCACGGUGGGCACGAGGGAGGGGAGGGUGGAGGAUUGGAGAGAUCGAGGUGCUUUGCCCAAGGAUUCUUGCGGCUGUGGCGGCUCAGCCGAUGUCGUGGAUCCCAACAGUGCGUUCUUGCACUGGCAAGCUAUGUGGCGAACACUGACUCAGCGGUGCAAGCUUCGCGGUGCAGGCUAUGGAGCGCCAGCUGUGGUGCAAACCAUGUGGCACAAGCUGUGUGGUGCAAGCUACUGACGUGGUGCAAGCUACGUGGUCCAAGC